GAAUAAAAGCAAGAAAACUGAAAAAAACCUCACAUUUUCCAAAAUAGCAUCUCUAUCUGUAAGGCAUUGCUCUGGGCUAGUCAAUGACGGAGGCCACUUUCUAAUUUCCAACCCAAGCCCCUUUGAUGCCAGCCUCAGAGAUGGAGUCCUGUCCUUGUGGCUUGCUCAGCCUUUCUUGUUUUCUACGUAGAUUUUUCUCCCCCAACAAUCUUUCUCUCCCUGGCCAUCAGAAUGAUUUAUUUUCCUGCCACCGAUGCCUGCCGGCCAGGGGGAGUCUGAUCACUUGGUCCAUUUCAAAGGAAGCAAAAGCGAAUCAUCAUCCUCGGUGUGGGGGAAAAGAGAUACCUUCAGAUUGCUCUCUCAGCCUCCUUCCCUUUUUCUGGCUUGGUGGAUUUUUGCAGAGUUAUUGUUUGGUAUCUAAAGGUGUUAUCUUUUGAACCCUCCAGCACAGUCCAAGAUGCGCUCAGUCUCAAGUCUCCGAGUUGGAAAAAAAGGAGUGAACAGAGAAACAGAACCUUUAUAAUUCCUCCUUGGGUCGCCCUUUCUCACCCGCGGUGCUGUUUCCCACAACAGACCCCGAGUGCAAACAUCCCUGGUGGCCAAGAAGCGGGAGAGUUCAGGAGACGAUUCUCGCUGCCAAGGAGCACUCACUGCAUCUGAAUCAACAAGCCCCAUCAGAGCGACAAGGAUGAGAAGAAGGGAAGGAGAAGAAAAAGAAAGAACAAGCAAGCACCUUCUCCCUCCGUGCUGCUAACUUCCAACAGACUUCCUGGAAAUCAGAAAUACUUACCGCACCCGAGCCCUACGGGUAUGAAACCCAGAAAGCCAGGAGCCGCACGCGCCUGCUCGGGGCGGCAUUUCUUUGGCUGGCCGCCGCCCUGGCUACAGGGAUUUGGGCACAUGGAUCUGGGGUUGUUGUCUCGCUUGGCACAUGCCUCUAUCUUUCUCGAGCCACUCCUGAAAAGUUGAUGGCGCAGGAGGGUCGGGAAGCCUGGAGAGCCGCCUCCCGUUUUCCGCUUCCCGCUGGAGCCAGAUGCGAAGCUUUCGUGGAAAAGCCGGCUAACAAUGGACCCCGGUCCGGGGUCCGGGGGGCGCGGACUCCGAGCUGGGCUUUGGGAGGCGGGGGGGGGGGUGAGGGCCUGAGGGAAGUGGGGGGAGGAGAGGUGGACAGAGGGGAGAGGGAGGAGGAAGACAGAAGAAGAGGGAAAAAAGAGGGAAAGAGGGAAAGACGGGAAGGAAAUCAGAGGCAGAUCAGUUCUGAGAUCCAGGAACUGGUUUUGGAAAAAGCGGAGGAGGAAAAGGGAAAUAAAAAGGGGGAGCCCCCUAAAUAAUCCUUCUUUUUCUGUCCCCGACCCCCCUUACUCUGUCUCAUCUCCCCUCUCCCUCUGCUUCUUCUUCCUGCUUUAGCAUAACUUAUGUGGCUGGGAUGCGUGGCCCUCGGGUGUCAAAACUUUGAAGAUUAAUGGAUUACUUUGUUAAUGACUGCAGGCGUCAGACUGAGGUGCUUAAAUGAUUUGUGAGGUGCGAGGCGUCUUCCCGACGUCCCAAACAAUGCGCGGAGUGUGCGGGGGAGGCAGAGGGCGGCCGCCGGCGGGACCGGCAGCAGGGCUAAGCACUCGCACGCACUCACACACUCACACACACUCCCAGGCGCACACACCACCUCCGUGUGGAUCAGGAGGCAGGCAGGCAACCUCGCCCUCACGCAUUGCCACGCAUCCCCAACCCACACCCACAUAUAUGUAUUUUUGCCCUGAAAAAAGUGUAAAUAAAGCCUCGCUGGCCCCCAAUGAGGCGUUCCUUCCCGACUUUUUUGGAUCAAUCAAACAGACAGUGGCUUCUUUUGAUUAAAGCCCAAAUUGUCAUUGGGCAGAAGCAAUCAUGUGACAGCCAAUUCGGUCCAAUUUCAACCUUGUCUCCAUGAAUUCAAUAGUUUAAUAGUAGCGCGGUCCCCAUACGGCUGUAAUCAGUGAAUUAGAAAAAAAACACCCCAGCAGCGAUCUUCUAUGAUAGAUUUUUUUUUUCCCCUCCGCGCUCGCCUUUUUCCUGGGCCUUGCCCCCCCAAACCCCUCCAGAAGAGGGAACUUUUUCUCCGAGGGGGCUCCAAGGAGAAGGCCAUGAAUUACGAAUUUGAGCGAGAGAUUGGUUUUAUCAAUAGCCAGCCGUCGCUCGCUGAGUGCCUGACAUCUUUUCCCCCUGUCGCUGAUACAUUUCAAAGUUCAUCAAUCAAGACCUCGACGCUUUCACACUCGACACUGAUUCCUCCUCCUUUUGAGCAGACCAUUCCCAGCCUGAACCCGGGCAGUCACCCUCGCCACGGCGCUGGCGGCCGCCCCAAGCCGAGCCCCGCGGGCAGCCGCGGCAGCCCAGUGCCCGCCGGCGCCCUGCAGCCGCCCGAGUACCCCUGGAUGAAGGAGAAGAAGGCGGCCAAGAAAACCGUGCUGCCGCCUGCCUCGGCCGCCGCCGCCACCGGCCCUGCCUGCCUCAGCCACAAAGAAUCCCUGGAAAUCGCCGAUGGCAGCGGCGGGGGCUCUCGGCGCCUGAGAACUGCUUACACCAACACGCAGCUUUUAGAGCUGGAAAAAGAAUUUCAUUUCAACAAGUACCUUUGCAGACCCCGAAGGGUGGAAAUUGCAGCGCUGCUGGACUUGACUGAGAGACAAGUGAAAGUGUGGUUUCAGAACCGGAGGAUGAAGCACAAGAGGCAGACCCAGUGCAAGGAGAACCAAAACAGCGAAGGAAAAUUUAAAAGCCUAGAAGACUCUGAGAAAGUGGACGAGGACGAGGAAGAGAAGUCGCUCUUUGAGCAAGCCCUCAGCGUCUCUGGGGCCCUUCUGGAGAGGGAAGGUUACACUUUUCAGCAAAAUGCCCUCUCUCAGCAGCAGGCUUCCAAUGGACACAAUGGUGACUCCCAAAGUUUCCCAGUUUCGCCUUUAACCAGCAAUGAGAAAAAUCUGAAACAUUUUCAGCACCAGUCACCCACUGUUCCUAACUGCUUGUCAACAAUGGGCCAGAACUGUGGCUCUGGCCUAAACAAUGACAGUCCCGAGGCCCUCGAGGUCCCCUCUUUGCAGGACUUUAACGUUUUUUCCACAGAUUCCUGCCUGCAGCUUUCAGAUGCAGUCUCGCCCAGUUUGCCGGGUUCCCUCGACAGUCCAGUAGAUAUUUCAGCUGACAGCUUUGACUUUUUUACAGACACACUCACCACAAUCGACUUGCAGCAUCUGAAUUACUAAAAACAUUAAAGCAAAACAAAGCAUCACAAAAAAAAAAAACAAAAACCAAACCCCUUUGACCAGGUGGUUUUGCUUUCCUUUAUUCUAAUUUUUAUUUUAUUUUCUUCUUGACUUACCCUCUCCCUCUUUUAAAUGUUGGAAGAUUUUUCUGUUUAGUGAUUCCCUUGACCCAGUUUCAGAGUCAUCUUUUCUCCAGACUAUUUUGGAGUUUUAGUUGUUUUAAAUCUAAUCCAACAACCCUCUAUGUGAUUUCCUUAAAGCAAUAUAUGAGGCCUGCAAGAAAGUGAUCAUAUAUUAUUGUAUCUUCACUUUCUUUUUAUUUUUGUAUUACGUUAGGGUGCAUUGUCAUGCGUAUUUUUGGUAGAAUAAAUUCUCCUUUGCUAUAAGUAGCUUAUUUUUAUCCUCCCCCUCUUUCUCAAGGCUCAUAACAGUUUCUUUUUCCUCUUUUAGUCUAACUUGGUAAAUAAAAUUCUGGUCACAAUCCA